GCUACCUUGCUUUGGUAACAGAGAUAAACAAUAUGGCGACUGUGAAUGAAUGAAUGAAUCUGAAAAGCAUGACUAUUUUUAAAACUUGCCGGAACAACAAUAGAAAAUAUUUAUAACCGAAAUACGUUUUUAUUGUUAUUUAUAACUGCUCAAGUUUUUAAAAAGGAUAUGUACGAAAAUACUUAUUACAACGACUAUUACGAGGACGGCAAUGAAGACGAAAGGAAAGGCUAUGGGCAUGCCCAUGGGGAUUAUGGCUACGGAUACGAGGGGGGCUACGGCUACGAGAGAGAAGAGGAAAAUCCAGUUCAACACUUAAAUGAUGAUGUGAGGUUAACGUGGGCGGGGCCGAUCAGCACCAGUUUAUAUGGAGAACAUAUCCAGAAACUUAGUCGUAAAACAGAAUCGAACCUUGAUCGCCUCCGUUCAACUAUGAGCUGUUCGGAUCUCUAUAAACCGUCUCAAAAUAAUUCUAAAUUAAACUCAAUGUUUUCUGUAAAUAAUUCUGGUCCAUAUUCAAUAUCAUCAGCUUCCAUUGACGACACCGCCUCUAUUUCAUCAACAGGUUUUAACUUUUGUUAUUUAUGUUCAACUUUGGAAGAACAUCAGAAAAAUCAUCUACAUAAUCAUCCGAAAAAAACCAAGAAACCACGGAAACCAAGAAUAGAAUACAUUGCUCCAUUACCUCAUGUGAAGCGGAAACCACGGGAACCAUUAACAGCCAGUCAUGAAGCCCUAUAUAAAGUUGUUGUUUAUGUUGGAGAUGUUCCUGGUGCCAGUAGUGAUGCUAACGUUUUUAUUAGUAUUAUUGGAUCGAGAGAUGAGUUACCCAAACAAAGAUUAUGUCGGGGCAAAAAAACAACCAAAUUUUGCUUUGUUCGCGGAGCUGUUGAAAAGUUUUAUGUUAAAGGUCCAAAAUUAGGAAACCUUCGUAUUUUAACAAUAGAGCAUGAUGGUUUUGAGAAGCGACAUGGUUUAUAUUUGGAUAAAAUAGAAGUUACGGAUAUGAUGAAUGAAUUAACAUGGGUUUUUGUUUGUAAAAAUUGGUUAUCGUUACAUCAUGGAGACUUCUGUAUCAGACGAGAUUUAGAGGCUGUUCAAAAAGAACAAGUAGUAAAAGAGUAUGAAAUUACUAUGGUAACUGGUAACAAGAGAUUAGCAGGAACUGAUGCUCGUGUUUUCUUAACGCUGCAAGGAACCCAGAAAACCAGUCAGAAAAUUCACUUAAACAGAGGAAAGUCAGGAAAGGAUCAUUUUAACAAAGGUGGCACGGAUAAAUUCCAGAUAUCACUUCGAGAUAUCGGUGAAAUUAAAUCAAUCAGGGUUGAACACGAUGGUAAAGGAUUUGCUGACGGCUGGUUUUUAGAUAAGAUUAUAAUUAAAAAUACAGCUGAUCCGAAGGAAACAUAUUAUUUUGUGUACGGAGGUUGGAUAGCUACGGAUGAAGGCGAUGGAAGUCUGUGGAGAGAUCUGAAAGCCAAACGGAAACUGGAUAAAAUUCUUCUUAAAGCACAGGAUAAAAGAUCUAUGUUCUCAAAGAAAGGUAGAAACAUUAGAUAUCAGGUAACCGUUAGAACAGGUGAGGUCAAGUACGCGGGAACAGACGCCAAUGUUUUUAUACAAUUUGUCGGACCAAAAGGCAGCACAAAGCAACUUAAACUGGACGACUCGAGAAAUAAUUUUGAGAAAGGAAUGGUGGAAAUGUUUGAGGUAACAGGUAUUGAUGUAGGUGAUUUAGAUCAUAUUGUAAUCGGACAUGAUAAUGCAGGUAUGGGUGCUGGCUGGUUCCUGGAUUACGUAAUUGUUAAAAAAUAUUUCACAAAACCGCAAAUAAAAGAAAAAUUAGAAAAAUUACGAUCAGGGAAAGAAGAUGGCCGACAAGACGAGGGACAGGAUGUUGAUAAAUAUGUUGCUAUGGGUCGUCGCCGAAGUUCAAUGAGCAGAAAAAACAGUCGAAAAUCAUUUGAUGAAGAUGAUGACGAAGACAGAAAAGAUCGACGCCGAGAUCGAAGUCGAAGUAAGUUAGACGCGGAGGAGAUAUUCGAUCGUGAUGGUAACGUUGUAAAAGUCCCGUUUUAUGAAGAAUAUUAUUUUGACCAUAAUCAGUGGUUAGCAACGAAUGAAGGCGACGGUCUGACACAACGAGAAGUAAAACCUAGUAGAAAGCAGAUUUAUUAUUCCGAUAAAGUCGACUUAUAAAUUAAAAAAAACUACAACGAAAUCCAAUGGAAGAAUUUGUUAUUAUUGAGCCACGUGAGAAAAUUUGCUACAAAAUGUUUCGAAUGUUCACGAUGUGAAUAUGACUAAUCUUGACAACCCAAAUCUGCUGAGUGCUCAUUCAUUUUUCACGAUAAAUAUAUCAUUGGAUCAUCCAGUACACGAUUAAUUCAGGACCAGUUAACAUAAUAUAAAUAGACUACAAAAUGGACAGGACGUGGGUUAAUAUAGCCUUGAUUAUCUAGGUCAUAUUUAUUUAUUUAUUGUAAAGAUGUCGGAUGAAUUAGAGUUAAUAUAGCCUUGAUUAUCCAGGACAUAUUUAUUUAUUUAUUGUAAAGAUGUCAGAUGAAUUAGAGUUAAUAUAGCCUUGAUUAUCUAGGCAAUAUGUAUUUUAAAGAUGGCGGAUGAAUUAGAGUCAAUUAAUUCUUUAUCUGAUAAUUUGUUCGAUAAAUGUUGUAUAAUUUAUGUUGAGGCCUUUUAUCUUCCGAGUUUGGAAUAAAAUAUUUUUGUUGGCAUAAUUCUUAUGCUACAUUAAUUUUACCAUGCCAUAUCCUCAGAGAAAUUUUUAUAAAAUUGGUUGUAAAUGGUGAUUUGUGACUCCAAUAUAACUUUAAAUUUCAUCACUUUAAAUUUUCUCGGCUACAAACAAUCUGACCUUACGUCAAUCAACAAAUAGUCCCUGACGCGACCUCCCACAACAACUGGUCCGAUCUUCAUGCAGACGAGACCAUCGAAAGUAUUAAUAUAGAUCUGUAUAUAUAUAUAUAUAUAUAUAUCUGUAUAAAUUGGCAUUAUUUAAGAUUAGAUAAAAAGCUGACGGUUCUCGCUAUGAUAGUUAAAGAAUAGAUAAUGAAAAGGAAUAUGCUGAAAAUUCCAGUCGAAUUGUUUCACUCUGAGCCAAAAAAUCCUCAUUUUAAUAACACAGUAGCCUCGAUUGUCAUUGUUACUGUUUUUAAUAUAAUAAACAAAUUCUCGAUUAUCCAUUUUCGCGGUUAAUCAUCAACAACUCUUGAACCUCAUGAACCUCAAAUCGGAUUCAAAUCUGUUGAAAAUCGGAAACAUUAGAUAGCAACGAGAGUUGAUUAUGAUCUUGUCAGGUAAUUAAAUUUAAUUUCCGUAAAUUUCAAAUUUUAAACACCUGUGUUACUAGUUGUAAUUACUGAUUUAGUAAUUAGUGAUUUAGACUAAAUAUCAGCCUGUCUUUAAAACACCUCUAUAAUGGUUUUAAUUAGUGAUUUAGUAAAUAGUGAUUUAAACUAAAUGUCAGUCUGUCUGUAAAACACCCCUUUAGUAAUUAGUGAUUUAGACUAAAUACCAGUCUGUCAUUAAAACACCUCACCGGUAUAGAGGUUUUAAUUAGCGAUUUAGUAAUAAGUGAUUUAGACUAAAUAUCAGUCUGUCCUUAAACACCUGUAUCGUGGUUUUAAUUAAGUGAUUUAUUAAUUAGUGAUUUAGACAUAUGUAUUUAUAUUGUUAUGGUUACAAACUGUUGAUGUUAGAAUUGCUCAAGAAUUUAUAAUGUAUAAUAAUAUAUCGUUACAGAGCUGGUUUAUCUGUGAUAUUUUUAUAGAUAUUCUGUAUUUUUAAUUACAUCUGGACUAUGUCUAUGAAAAUGUUUUUUUGGGUUUAUUUAAAUAAGGGAGAAUGGUCUAACGCAUGAACUUUAGAUUGCAAGGUCCAUCCUAAAGUCAAGUUGUGUGGUUUUGAUAACAUAUUUGUAGGUGACAAGGAGUAGCUUCACCUCUUCAAUCUCGUGGGUUUUCUUUUGGUCAGGUUUUAUUCCAUCGCUCAAGACCCUCACACGUAAUUGAAUUAUCGAAAUAUAAUUGUACCAUAUGUUAGUCCCAAAAUAACCUAGUUUUUGUUGAGUGGGGUUAAAACCAUUUCUCUUUCUAUAAUGAUAAUGAUUUGUCAUAAUAAUUUAAUGAAAUGAGGUUUAACGUCCUACUGUUCAACACCAAUUGGGAUAAUGAAGACGGGCAAACGCCAUACAGUGUGCUAUGAGGGAAAUGUUACCUGGACAGCGGCACCACGGCCUACACUUAUCUCGAAUUCCAAUUGUCAAUGGUUCAUUUGUUUGCAUGUCAUUGAAAACACAGAACCUUGGGGUUUUUUUUGUCCCAUCCGAACGACUGUACUUGCUCCACUGUUAGACCCUUGAUCCAUCCUGCACCACUGACAAGAGGAAACCACGCUAGAACAUCCCAAUGAACUUUCUGGAAGUCAGUUGUUCGAUCCCUGCAUUGGCCGAGAAAGUUCAUCCAGAUUUUCCGGCGUGGUUACCCCUUGUCAGUGAUACGGGACGGAGGGUCCGACAAGGACAGUUGUCGAGUCGUUUGAUGGGAUGAAAAAAUAGGUCCUGUGUACACAUUGGCGUGCACAUAAAAGAUCCCUUGACAGUUGGAAUUUGAUAUAAGAGCAGGAAGUAAUGCCGCUGUCCGGGCAAAAUUUUUCUCAUAGCAGACUGUAUGGUGUAUGCCUGUCUUCAUUAGCCCAGUAUAGGAGGAGAACAGUAGGACGUUAAACGCCAUUUCAUUUCAUUUCAUUUCUGCCUUGUAAUUACCGGUAUACUGAACGUUUUGUUUUGAUAUAAUAACAGAUCUGAUUGAUUUGAUAUAAUAAUAGAUCGAUUUGUUUUUUGAAAGAUUUGUGUUAUUUUAUAGACCUUAUUUUGACUAUUUUUUAUUUUGAAGUUUAUGUAUAAAUAAUUGUUAAAUAAAUAUAAAAUAUC